AUGAAGGCCUUGGUUGACGCUGAAGGUGCGGCACAGAGCGUGAUUCCGGGAAAUCCUGCAUGGGAUGGGCGGGGGGGAGGGUGGCAGCCGCCGCCGAGUCCGUGGGGUGCAGACCCCCCUGUUGUGGAAAAAGACGUGAGCGGUGGAGGUGGCAACACAGAUGAGGGCAAGCAGGUGCAUGCGGGGGACUCCCAGCAAGGUGCAACCCACGAGCACGCCUGCCUGCCAAUGCCACCUGUUUCGGCGGCGGCGGCGACACACCCUGCCGCGGGACCUCUUAAUUUUACGGCCCUAACCGACGCAACGCCGCAAGGGGAAGGACCGGUAGCACAGCAGUCACCUUGGCAUCCGCCACGUUUGGUGCCCACAGCUUCCGUCAUUGUGGAUUCCGAACAGAUGCCGGAAAUGCCGGAGGUGAAGUUGUAUGCUUCGCCACUGCGAGUGAAGUCUCCAAGUAACCCUCCAGACAUGAAAGAUGUUUCUUGUCCAACGCGUGAGAGCGUUGCAGCUGCCUUGCAAGCAGGCGAUAAUGCGUCCACCUGGAGUGCAUUUUUGGAGCUAAAAACAAGAACGGAGGACUCCGUGUCUCGCAUGACAUCCUUUUACGAUCAAAUAGUAAAGCUUCAGCUCACACACGAACAGGAGGCGGCGGCGUACCGCGAUGCGGCGGAGACGAUGAUUCAUCAGCAACGCAAAGCCGUGGACGCUCUUUCGUUAGACUGUAAGAAGGCGCAAUCCGCAAAGGAGAGUUUACAAGCUCUGCUGGCGACGAAGUCCCAACAGCUUAUGGAGUUUGAGAAUGCAAACUACACACUUAACGUACGACUGCGAGAGGCGGAACAGCGCAUUGCCCACGUGAGCGAUCGUGCGACCGUAGCGGAGACGGGUCGAAAGAUUGCAGAAAUACACGUCAAAGAGCUUGAGGCGUCGCUGGAACACACCACAGAGUUGGUGAAGGCUCUUCGCCAACGGCUGAGCGAGUCCACUCGGGACAAGGAGGAUGCCCUUCAGGCACAGUAUAAGGUGUUUGAGGAAAACCGCCGUGAUAUCAUUCACCACUACGACGCGCGCGAGCGGGCAUUGGUGCAGGAGUUUAACGACACAGUGAGGAGUAUACAACAGACGAUGAUUCAAAAAAUGAAGGAGCGGGAGGAGCAUCUGUCAAGGUAUUGGCAGGACGCGCUGCGACUUCAGCACCAGCAACAGCAAGACUUUUUAAGACAGGUGACACUGUCGAAGGAAAGGGACGAGAAAGACUACCAGGCAAAUAUUGUGCGCGUGGAACAAGACAAGGAGCGCUGGUAUGAUCAGUAUCGAAGUGAAAUGAGUCUUUUGGAGCAGCGACACAGAGAACGAGAGCAACAUAUCCUGAUGGACAUUGCACGAAGGGAGAGAGAGCUUGGGGAGCGAGAGCAGAGGAUGCGGCUGCAGCACGCUCAGGAAGAACAGGAGUCCAAAGUGGCACUGGCCUCAAAAGAUGCAGAACUUAAGGCUUAUUAUCAAAAAAUUACGGAGGACAUGCGUGUCUCGUUUGACAAGGAACGAGAGAAGUUAACCGCAUCUUUUCGUGAACAGGUGCAGGAGCUGUCGCAACUGCACCUGAAUAAUGAGAGAGAGCUGGAGAGGAUGCACCGGGACAAGGAGCGAGAGAUGGCGCAGCGGUAUCGUAUAGCAGGUUACGAGGUGGAUGAUCGCAAAGGCGAAGUCAAACUCCGUGGGGUGUCACUGCAGGCGCAAUCAGCACUUUUGUCCAAGUUUGACGCGAUUGAAGCGCGUCAGCGUGAACGUGCCGAGAAGGCGCGAGCCGCUUUCCACACCACCUCCUCUCCCAACACAUCACCUUCGCUUCCUGAAAAGGAGGAGGAGGAGUGA